AUGGUGCUGAGAGAUCAGGAGGAAAGUUUGAGCACCGGGGAGAGAAGGCUAGGGGGUGGGGAGGGCCAGCAGCUCCCCAGCUCCCACCGCUCGGCAGCCGUGUCCUCGCUUCAGGUGAGUGGCGCCCGCCCGCCGCCCGGCCGCGCCACUUCCUCCGGCGGCUCGCCCGCUUGCCCGCCUGCGCGCCGGGCGCCACGGUCCUCCGCCCCUUCCUUCGGCCGCUCGCCACUCCUGGUCCGCAGUGAGGAUGAGCUCAAUCUCUUCUCGCUGACCCUCUGUCGCCCCUGCAGUGGAAUCGCUUGCCCCCUGGGACCUCUGCAAGCGGACGGAGGCAGAAAGAGUUGGCGCUGGGGCGGACUCAUUGGAACUGACUUAGCGCAUCCACCUUACUACCUUCCCGCACACUGGGACAGGUGGCUGGCUGGUCCAACGGGCGCUCCUCCAAGCGGAGCCUUGGAGGGCAAGGCCGGCACCAUUACCUCCAACGAGUGGAGCUCUCCUAACUCCCCUGAGGGGAGCAACGUCUCUGGGGGCAGUCAAACCUUGGACAAGCCCAUCGACAAUGACGCAGAGGGCGUGUGGAGCCCGGACAUUGAGCAGAGCUUCCAGGAGGCCCUGGCCAUUUACCCACCCUGUGGGCGACGCAAAAUCAUCCUGUCGGAUGAAGGCAAAAUGUACGGUCGGAAUGAGCUGAUUGCCCGCUACAUCAAGCUCCGAACUGGGAAAACCCGUACCAGGAAGCAGGUCUCCAGCCACAUCCAGGUGCUGGCUCGUCGCAAAGCCAGAGAGAUCCAGGCUAAGCUGAAGGAUCAGGCAGCUAAGGACAAGGCCCUGCAGAGCAUGGCUACCAUGUCGUCCGCCCAGAUCAUCUCCGCCACAGCCUUCCACAAUAAAAUGACCCUCACCCGGGGCCCAAGCUACCCAGCAGUCUCAGGGUUUUGGCAAGGAGCUUUGCCAAGCCAAGCCGGAACGUCCCAUGAUGUGAAACCUUUCUCUCAACAAACCUACGCCGUUCAGCCUCCGCUGCCUCUCCCAGGGUUCGAGUCUCCUGCAGGGCCCGCCCCAUCGCCCUCAGCUCCCCCCGCACCUCCAUGGCAGGGCCGUAGCAUUGCCAGCUCCAAGCUCUGGCUGUUGGAAUUCUCUGCCUUCCUGGAGCGCCAACAGGACCCUGACACGUACAACAAGCAUUUGUUUGUACACAUUGGCCAGUCAAGCCCAAGCUACAGUGACCCCUACCUCGAAACCGUGGACAUCCGCCAGAUCUAUGACAAAUUCCCAGAGAAAAAGGGUGGACUCAAAGAACUCUUUGAACGGGGACCCUCCAAUGCCUUUUUUCUUGUGAAGUUCUGGGCAGACCUCAACACCAACAUCGAAGAUGAAGGCAGCUCCUUCUAUGGGGUCUCCAGCCAAUAUGAGAGUACCGAGAACAUGAUAAUCACCUGCUCCACCAAGGUCUGCUCUUUCGGCAAGCAGGUGGUGGAGAAAGUUGAGACAGAGUAUGCCCGCUAUGAGAAUGGCCACUACCUAUACCGCAUCCACCGCUCCCCGCUCUGUGAGUACAUGAUCAACUUCAUCCACAAGCUGAAACACCUGCCCGAGAAGUACAUGAUGAACAGCGUGCUGGAGAACUUCACCAUCCUGCAGGUGGUCACCAACAGAGACACUCAGGAGACCUUGCUGUGCAUCGCCUAUGUCUUCGAGGUGUCGGCCAGCGAGCACGGGGCUCAGCACCAUAUCUACCGGCUGGUGAAGGAAUAGACUCGGGUGGUAGGGACAGGAGAAACGUGUGUGCAGGAAGUGGGGCUACGGGGAGGGGACCUGCAGGGGCAGCUGCCUGAAGUGCCAGCAGUCUUGAGAGAAGAGGUCUUACUCUUCCAAGGAGCCGAGUACGCCUGAACCUGCAAUGCCUCCCCCCAAUAAACCCACCAUGCUGUGUAUUUU